AUUUAUUUUUACAUCUUUGCCCCUCACUCAUGUACCAUUGUGUGUGAGUGUUGUGUGUUUCCGCGUGAGUCCUAAGCGAAGCGAAAGGAAGAAGACAGAGAGGCAGAGGAGGGCGGCGGCGGAGGAGGAGAAUCUGUUGCGGCGGCGAUGGAUCCUGACGCGGUGGCGAAGGCUUUCGUGGAGCACUACUACUCUACUUUCGAUGCGAAUCGAGCAGGACUAGCGAACCUUUACCAGGAAUCGUCGAUGCUGACCUUUGAAGGUCAGAAGAUCCAAGGCUCUCAGAACAUCGUCGCGAAGCUCACUAGCCUUCCCUUCCAGCAGUGCCAGCACAGCAUCACCACCGUCGAUUGCCAGCCCUCCGGCCCCGCCGGCGGCAUGCUCGUCUUCGUCAGUGGUAACCUCCAACUCGCCGGCGAACAGCACGCUCUCAAGUUCAGUCAGAUGUUUCAUCUGAUGCCAACACCUCAAGGUAGCUUCUAUGUGUUGAACGACAUUUUCCGAUUGAAUUAUGCAUGAAGAUAACUGAUGGUUUAAACACAAAGGGCGGAGAAUCCAUGAUGCCAAAUGUCUUCGAACAAAUUCUGUUCAGCUUAUUUUAGUGAGACUUUCAAAAAUCAAGAACUGAUGAUUUUUUCUCCUUUUUUUAAUUUUUAUCAGACUUUCUAUGCUCAGCUCUUCGUAAAAUGUUUGUGUCAUCCAGUCUCCAUCAUUGGGAGACUGUUUUGUUUGAUUGGGUGAAUUGGUGAAUGAUUAUAUUACUUUGUUUGAUUGGAUGAAUUGAUGAAAGAUGAUUUUUCUUAUC